AUGAAUGAAGACAUAUUACCAUUGAAGCUGACGAAUUCCCGUCGCAAAGUUGAUUGCGAGGUCGUAGUUUCGAGUAUGCUGACAUGGACUAAUGAAAUGUUGGUAGUGUCACAGAAUCAACGCGCACUGCAUAUAGUGUUUCCGCAUCACUUCCUAGACUCACCGGAGUGGUUCGGGGUUUCCACUGACGAGUUCUUUCAGGUCUCCAUAAUGGCGAUGGAGGAAUCACGUGUGUUGGUGUGGCACCGAGACAAGUUAAAACUGUCGAUAAUGUCCGACGCGUUUCUGCAGGCUGUGUUUGACCACAUCCUUGGUAGAGACGUCGUUCACAAGCUCAUGCAGGUGAGCGAAACAAUGGCUGUCAGUAACGGCCACCUGCCGAACAGUUAUGAGGAAGGCGAGGAUAAGCCAAUGCUCAUAGUCAAGAAGGCCGGCGAUGGGCCCGGAAUAACCGCAUUGCUUAAUCGACAAUUACAAGCAACAGAUCCGAAUGCAUGGCGUCUUGGCAGAAUCGAAGAGACAGACCACGAAACACCAGUCUGA